GAGGAGGAGGAGGAAGGCUGGGCUCCGCGGAGGGACUCGUUCCAAAGGAUGCCCCCCGGGAGCCCCGGCCUUCUCCCCCGCUGAGGAAGGCUGCCCUCUCCAGGACUGCAAGACCCAUCGGCCCUGCCUGCCUGCCUGCCUUCCAAGGAGUUGGGGAGACAAGGAGGAGGAAGAGGAGGGGGCUCUCUGCCGCUGAGCUCCAGGAGUGGAGGGGGCGCCGGGGAUGAUGGGGCCCCUGGGCUGAGCCUGCCUGCCUGCCUGCCUGCCUUCCGGGCGAUGGCCGGGGAGUCUCCGGUGGACCUUCGGAGGGGGCGCCCCCGCUGGGAGGCCAAGGAGCCCGGCCCCGAGAGGCCCCCGCUGCCGCUGCGGAAGAGGCGCCGCUGCUACGCCUCCGAGGAGGACCAGGGGCCCAAGGCCGCCCCCGCCCCGCAGCCAGGAGGCCUCCGGCAGCAGAGGGGCCCCGGACUGGGAGCAGCAAGCGGAGGCUGGGAGCUGCUCCUCCGGGCCAAGGCCCCCUCGCCCCCGCCGGGGCCCCCGGCAGGUUUCACCGGAUCCUUCUUGAACCCGGAGCUGGCUCCCAUUUUGCACCCGGUGACCCCUUCCCACCCUUUGCUGGGCGUCCCAGUGCCUUACUCCUUGCUGUGCUCCAUAGAAGCCCAGCUGGCCCUGGACAUUGCCACCGCCACCAAGCAAGACGAAGACGGAGACACGCCUCUCCACAUCGCCGUGGUUCAAGGGAACCUCAUGGCAGUGCAGCGUUUGGUGGCACUCUUUCACCAGGGACAUCGGGACGUGGACACCUUCAACAACCUGCGGCAGACUCCCUUGCAUUUGGCAGUCAUCACAGCCCAGCCAGCCUUGGUGAAGUUGUUGCUGGUGCAUGGUGCCUCGCCAAUGGUCCUAGAUCGGCAUGGACAGACCGCCCUCCAUCUUGCCUGUGAACAUGGCAACCUACGCUGCUUGCAAGAAUUGCUGGAUGGGAGCCCUGUGCCCUUGGAUUUGGAGGCCAGGAAUUUCGAGGGUCUAACUCCUCUCCAUGUGGCUGUUGGGACUUCCAACCACAACGUCGUCCUUACUCUGCUUGAACACGGGGCUGAUGUCGAUGCUGUGGAUAUUAAGAGCGGGCGCUCUCCCCUCCUGCAUGCGGUGGAGAACAAUAAUAUGGAAAUGGUGGAGCUGCUGCUAAAGCAUGGAGCCAGCGUAAAUGCGCAGUCAUACGGUGGCAACACGGCGCUCCAUGCAGCCAGCGGACGAGGCUUUUUGGACAUGCUGCGCCUUCUGGUCCGCAAUGGGGCAGAUGGCAGCCUCAAAAACUACCACAACGACACCCCUUUGAUGGUGGCCAAGAACAAAAGGGUGAUUGACAUCUUGAGAGGCAAAGCCUCCCACUCUGGAUUGGCUCCCGACAACGUCCACGACAGACCGUCCCCAGCCAACAGCAUGGCCAGCUCUCCUGGCCUCCAGCCGGCCCACUCUGGUCUGCCGCGUUCUUCGCCGGACACGUGUCCCGCCGCCCCUAGCCCCAGCCGGACCCCGAAGCCCCAGAGGGCAGGACAGUCCUUCAGCUCAGCCAACCAGAAACUAGAGAGCAUUAUAUCGACCAAUGAGACUCCGGCCCCUGGCCCCUUGCAUGGCGUGAAACUGGAAAGGAGCCCAACGCCACCCACUCCAGAGCAGCCAAUGGGAUUCCUGGGAAUGCACAAGUACUUCCUGCCCAUCACGGAGGGCAUGGUGGACCCUGCCUUCCAUGCCCCGCUCUACUCUUUUCUGACUUCCAGCCAUAACCUUUCUCCCCAUCCUCUCCAUCUGCUUCCCAUCAGCUUGAACCCGUCGGUCAUCACCCUGCCUCCAGCAUCGCUAGCCGGCCACCUUCAUCCGAGGGGCAUGGGGACAGAGCAAUCACAAACACUUCUGGACUCCGAGAACCUGCCCACCAGCAGCUAUGACAGGCAGUGGCUUCCUCACAGGGACAGUGGUCCUGGGACCAGCUGACAAGAAGAACAUCAAUGGACCCAGGAACGCUGUACUUCACAAGGCAAUGGAGCCGGCCUCUGUGCGCAACGCUCUUGGACUUUGCUGCUAAGAUUCCUGGCUUGAAACCAUUUUGAAUCCAAGAUGCUUGCACCUCCAAGGGACUUCCUAACCGUUUGCGCCUGUGUGUAGCAACUCCUGACAAAGCCUGAGAUGACACUUCAGGUCUUGCUAAGCUCAUGGCUCGCUUGAUCCUCCGAAAGCCACAGAGCAACAUCUGAGAUUGCAGAGUUGUUCAGUGAUGGUGGCUCCAGCUGUGGUUAAUGGGCAGCAGUCAGCCGCAGUGCUUUGUCUCCCUCUAGUGGCAGGGAUGUCGCAUUGCACACUUGCUAGCACAUGGUGCCGCAACCUGAGAUAACCAGCACUUUCAACGGGUCGAGACGUUCCUUUCAUUUUAGGAGACAGGAGACGGGUGUGUUAAAUCCCUUCCUCUCCCCAAUCUCAUCCCGACUACGCUGCCAACUUUCUCAGCGGUUGCAAAAUAAUAAAAAUUCAGGGAAGUGUAAUUGAAUCAAGGCGGAGUGGUUCUGGAGGGAGCAGAGAGUUGGGGAAAGCCGGGGAUUUUCUGAAAACAGACAAACAGGAAUGUUGGGUCCAUUUCAAAGAACUGACAUUUGAGAAAUUUCCAAGCAGCUCCUAGUCAUGGCAGGAAGCGUGAAGAGCUGGAAUUUAUUAGUCAGGAGGGUGAUGUGGUUGGAAAGGCAGGGCUUGGAACGGCUACCUUUAUUUAUUUGGACUAAUGUUCCCCGAAUGCUGUCUGGAGGAGUUGUAGUCCAAAAAAGUAACUUUUUCCCAACUCUGGGAGGAAUUGCUGCUUGCAAGAGGAGUGCUCUUACCUAGCAGAUUGGGACUGACACCGUUUUAGUGGACAUGGCUCCAUGCUGUGGAAUUGUGGGAUUUGUAGUAUGGGGAGAUAUUUUGCCUGCUCUCUGGUGCCACAGCAAACUACAGAUCCCAAGAUUGCAUAGGAUGAAGCCAUGGCCAUUUAAAGCAAUGUCAAGCUGCAUUAAUUCUGAAAUGUGGAAGCAUCCUUGGACUCUCCUAGGUUCAACCCUCAAGGAGAGAACUAUCUAAGGAGGCUUCCAUAUUGGUCCAAAGAAGAGAUGAGUUCUUGCAGUAGAAUUCAUUGGUUUUUGACACUCGUUGUCACCUCCAUGCCCUCUCCUUCCAUUAUUUUGGGGCAGUUGUUUGUAGCUAUAUUCUUGGAUCUCCAUUUGGACUCUUCCCAAGGGUUGGGUUUUAUUAUUUUAAGACAUGGGAUGUGGUUUGCUAAGGAAGUCCUACGGUUCAGGGCCAAGACUGUAGAGUUGAUGGCAGUAAAAACAAGGUUGCUGAAUAGAUUCAAAAUGCAAACGAAAAUCCAUCAGUGAUACCUUUACUGGCCAACCGAAAUGCACAAUAUACUUGUUGCAAGCUUUCGAAGCUCCAUGAUGAAAAGAAGCCCAUGUUGUUUCAUGGCACCGUUUGGGGCAGCCGUCAUUCCCUUCCUUGUCACCUUCUCCUCCUUUCCAAAAAUCUCAGGAGCUUCGUCUCAGGGACCCUUUUCUCCUCUUUUUCCUACCAAUCGCAUGCCCUCCAGCAUUUCAGGGAUGAAAAGGACAGCACAUGUGGCAAAAGCUAUUCAUUUGGAGAGGCUGCAGCAGUUUGUUUUUGCUUCAUCCAGAUUCUCCCCUUUCCUGAGUCAAUGCAAACUACUUUUGCACUUGGAGUCCCAUUUGCAGCAACUGAAGAAAAGGGAAGGCGGGAGGAGGAGAGAGGAACCGGGGCUUUCCAAAGCGACUGAAAAAGUGGGACGGCAGAGGAGUCCUUAGGAGUGUCCCUGACAAAACGGAAACCGUUGGAGGGUAGGCACCCGCUUUCUUGCCAAACGCCCUUUCUUUCUCUGCUUUUGUGAGGAGGAGCCAUACUUCAAAAGUAAGACCUCCUCAUCUUCCCGGGGAGAAAAGAGCCGGUGCAGAAGGAGGAUCUUUGGAGUUUACUGACUGAUUUGUCAUUAAAAUAUUUUUCUACUGU